AGUCAAAAAAUUAUUAACAUAAAUGUAGCAGCAGACGUAGCGCCAAAUAUAAAGCGACCUGUCAAAUAUCACAAAUGCUAUGACGAAGGUAGGACCUAAGAGCCUUGGGUACCUGGCCCAAGUGUCAGAUGCUCGACCCGACCCAAAAUAAAUGGAAGCAGCAGUACCUAUGCUACCCUGAUAGGUGUUUGACGUGGCGGCAAAGGCAGUAGCCAACUGCUGUUGCCAUAUAGACGCUUUGCAGUAGUGGUACACGAAAAGCUACCUACCUAACCUCUACUUAAUAAAUGCCUAGAAAUGUACCUUCCUCGGGCAUGCAAAUAUGGGUGUAGGUACAUGCAAUUGGGCCUAAGAAAGAACAUUCAAAAUUGGAAGGAGUUGGGCCGAACGGAAAGUGCUAUCUUCCACUUGAAACUUAAUUGCAUACUUCGUACACGCGCACACACCAAAUCCAUAAUCGUCUCUUUUUUUUUGCACUUUUAUGCAACACCAAAUACACUUACACACUUCUGACGCCAGCAUCUAACCAAUCAUGGCCAUGGACAUGUCAGUCUAUACAGGUAUGGACGAUGAGGAUAUCGCCCUCGCAUUUCGGUUAAUGCAGGAAGAUGUCGAGCAAUUCAUGUCUACUACGACUAGGAAGGGAAAACAAGUCGAGGGAUCCGAGACGGACGCCCAAAUAGCCUUUAACCUUCUUCUUGAAGAACUGCAAGCUGCAGAGACCUGUCUUAGCGAUGAAAGAAUGACUAGAAGUAUGUUGAGAGCAAUUCAGUCUGACGGCGCUGUCCUUUCCCAGGCUCACGACGAAGAAAAUGUUGCUCAAGCCGACCAUGAACUGUCACUUGCUUUAAGCAAUGGUCAAGAUGAGGCUGUAGCUCAGCGAGCUACCCCUGAAGCUGUGAGCAGCGAUGAGGAAUUUCUUGAGAAGCUCUCGGUCAUCUACAAUACCGGUUUUGAUCAUUCCAUCAGUGGCACUAACGAUUACGACGACGACGAUGAUACAGCCACCAUCAACCAGCCAGAGAGUUCUUCAUGGGCUGCUUCACGCCAAUCUAGUAGACCACCAAGGACUUGCGACGCUUGUGGAUAUCAAAAGCACUUCGCAGAGCUGGCUCGCGCUCCCUGCCGCCAUGAAUAUUGUCGCGAGUGUCUCACGCGUCUCUUCCGAGAUGCUUCAAACGAUGAAUCCCUCUUUCCUCCGCGAUGCUGCAGACAAAACAUCCCCUUAAUUAGGAAUCAGGUAUUUAUUGACAGUGACGUAGUCCGGCACUUCCGCCAAAAGGCCCUUGAGUUUUCUACGCCUCGUCGAACAUACUGCCAUAACCAGGAUUGCGCCCGAUUUAUUCCAGCAACCAAUUAUCUAAACGAUGUAGCGACAUGUGGCGAGUGCGGGUAUCAAACCUGUAUGACAUGCAAAGGUGUUAGCCAUGAUGGCGAUUGCCCAAAUGACGAACAGCUUCAACAAGUAUUUCAACUAGCUACCGAACAACACUGGCAACGUUGCCAAAACUGCUGGGCGAUGGUUGAGUUGAACACCGGAUGCAAUCACAUGACCUGUCGAUGCGGUUUCGGAUUUUGCUAUGUCUGUGGUAGUCGCUGGAAGACUUGCCAAUGCGAGCACUGGGAUGAACAUCGUCUGUACGCACGUGCUGUACAGAUUGAUGCCCGUGGCCAAGUUGAGGAUGCUCCGGGCGAUGUGAUACCUCGUGGAAAUCCGAUACCUCUUCAACUACAUGCAAAUGGUCAGCUACCCUUUCGGCUCCCGGCUCAUCAGCAACAGGCUCAGCAACAGGCCCAACAGCAGGCUCAACAGCAGGCCUUGAAUCAAGAACGUCGUCAACAGAAUAUAAUAUAUCCAAUUGAGGAUGAGAGUGAACAUGAGAGUGAAGAGGAGGCUGAAGUAGCGGCGCAACCAGUAGUCCAACAGGCACGGGAACAGCCUGCGUUCGAAUUUCCACUCCUUGACUUCCCUCAACGGACGCGAAUUCGGCAACUCAUGGAAGAUCUCAGAAAUAACCACGAGUGUCAACAUGAUCGAUGGUUUUCUAAGAAAGGGCCUCGCGAAUGCGAAGAAUGUGGCGACGUUAUGCCUAUAUUCAUCUACGAAUGUCGACAGUGUCAUACUAUGGCUUGCCGUCGCUGCCGGUAUCACCGGUUGUAAAGACCAAGGACAACAUGUUCGUGAAAGUGGCAGUCUCAUUAAUACUUGAGUUGUGGCUUUGUAAUCGGAGGGAUGCCAGUUAAAUCGGCAUUUCUAGGUUUAUCACCCCACCUCCAGCUGCCUGGAGGCGAAUAACAAGAAAAGCAGAAAAUCUUCAUGGUGCAGUUAUGUACCCACAAUAUUUGUCGUACAGAUCACAGAGUCAAGAUACCUCUAGCAUGGCAUAGAGAUGAAGUCGGACAUAUAUAUUUCGGCUGACUGUAUAGCUAUUUACGAGUUAGCAGAGAAUGUAAAGGGUGUAUAAGGGAGUGAAAUGUACCGAGAGCAUUAAUUAGGGUAUAGCUCUCGCUGUUAGUUCCAUACAAUCUGUAACUAGGAACUAUGAAACAAGCCUUGACUAUGGCUUUGCUCAUUAUGAAAACCUUUCAAAGUC